GGAAGCGCUCCGAGCGCUCUCGGAAGCCGGCGGGCAGCAGGCGGCGGCGGCUGCCACUGCCUGGUGCCCUCAUAGGAGGGGCCCCGGAUCGUUCGGAGGCGCUGACCUCCUGCCAUCGCGGGCGGCCCCAUGAGUCGAGGGACCAUGCCCCAGCCUGGAGCGUGGCCAGGUUCAAGCUGUGCCGAGAAGCUGGCGCGGGAGGCGGGGGCCGCGUCCCCGGGCCUCGCCAGAGCCGUGGUGCGGGGCCCGGCUGAGCAAGAGGAGGACAUGUAUCGUGCUGCGGAUGAAAUAGAAAGGGAGAAAGAAUUACUUAUACAUGAAAGAGGGUUAUCAGAACCGAGAUUAAGUGUAGCUCCUGAAAUGGAUAUCAUGGACUACUGCAAAAAAGAAUGGAGGGGAAAUACGCAAAAAGCUACAUGUAUGAAAAAGGGCUACGAAGAGGUAUCCCAGAAGUUCACGUCCAUAAGGCGAGUCCGCGGAGAUAAUUACUGUGCGCUGAGGGCCACGCUGUUUCAGGCUAUGAGCCAGCCGGCGGCGCUGCCCUCCUGGCUGCAGGACCCGGAGCUCACGCUGUUACCAGAAAAACUCAUAAGCAAAUACAGCUGGAUCAAGCAGUGGAAACUUGGACUGAAAUUUGAGGGGAAGAGCGAGGACCUGGUUGAUAAAAUCAAGGAGUCCCUCACUCUGCUAAGGAAGAAGUGGGCAGGCUUGGCUGAACUGAGAACUGCUGAAGCAAGACAGACAGCUUGUGAUGAACUGUUCACAAAUGAAGAGGAAGAAUAUAGCCUUUAUGAAGCUGUAAAAUUUUUAAUGCUAAACAGAGCCAUUGAACUAUAUGAUGAUAAAGAGAGGGGAAAGGAGGUACCAUUUUUCUCUGUGCUUCUGUUUGCUCGGGACACAUCAAGUGACCCUGGACAGCUACUGAGAAACCAUCUAAACCAGGUGGGACACACUGGUGGCCUUGAACAGGUUGAAAUGUUCCUUCUCGCCUAUGCUGUGCGCCACACCAUCCAGGUAUACCGGCUCUCCAAGUAUAGCACUGAAGAGUUCAUCACGGUCUACCCCACAGACCCCCCCGGGGACUGGCCGGUGGUGACCCUGAUCGCUGAGGACGAUCGGCACUACAACAUCCCCGUCCGAGUGUGCGAGGAGACAAGUCUGUAAGAGCCUCGCACCUGGACAGGCUGGCAACAGGGCCAAGGCGUGCGGGCAGCUCCUCGGCUCGGGCCUCGGCCUGCGGGCUCAUGGAUGCCUUAUGGGAACUCUUCGCCCUGUGAGCCAAGCUGGCCUGAGAUAUUCUGGAAACUAGCUUCCGAUAAUGAGUUAUCCAAGUUUUCCCCUCAUUUACAAAGCAAUACGUUGUACCGGGUGCCUUCAGAGCGCACUUGUUGGAAGGUGCAGACUAUAUCUUUUCCAUAAAACAUACUUUUGUAUGAAGAGACUCAUUUUGAAGAGGAAUACGCUCUUGAUAUCUCAAAUCAAACUUUCCCUAAUAGCCAAACUGGCUUUCAGUGUUUUUUAGAGAGUGAUUUUUUUUGUUUUGGUGGUAACAGGUCUCUGUGGCGCCCUUGUUACGCAGCCUGCUUACGCUGUAUAAUUCUGGGGCGGGGUCUGUUAAUGGCACAGGCUGAACAUCCUCUGGUAGUCCCAUCAAGCAAUGGUUUGGAUUUACAUACUCAUUAAAUCUAUUCUAGACAGAUUAUUUAAUAGAAGAUUAAGAAUUGGGUCCAAAAGUUAGCUAUUUAAAGGCUGGAGAAGGCGCUGGAACAGGAGGGAGGUGAUGGCAGCUGGAAAUCUUUGCUCUCCGAGGACAUGACAGGUGCCUGAGGCUGUGCACACACCGGGCUGGCGCUGGCUGCGAGUGGUGCUCUGCGAGCCGGACGGGUGCUGCCUGGGGUUGGCUGAGCUCUAGUGUCAAGAGCUGUUGUUUAUUCUGCAGCCCAGAGGUUCACCAUUACAGUCAGAACAGAGCUUAGAUCUACCUGCUUUCUUAGAGGAGGAAACCAAGGCCAAAUGACUGCAGGCACUCACGUGACUUCGGGGGUAAGAUGAGCUGGAUCCAGGUCUUCCUGUGCCCCCCCCCCCUUUUUUUUGCUGCUGAAUUCAUGGGAGUCACCUGCUGGUAGGGACAAGUAACAGCAGAGUGUGUGAGGUUUCUCUUGAGUGAGUGGAACAGGAGCGUGUACUAGACUGCGUGCAGGAGUGUGGCUGAGCUGCAUCUGCCCUGGAUUGGGUUUGGGAAGCCUGAGGGAGGCAGUGUACCCGGCCACCCACGAGCAUGCCUGUGAGGCUGCAGGCUGGCGUUCUGGCAGCUGGUGCUCACGGGCAGCCUGGCUGAGGCCGCUCGGCCUUAGGGCCCGAAUCACCCAUGGGAGACGUGGACUGCGGACGCUGUCCCAGGAGCCAGACACACCCCUCCGGCUGUACCGGCGGCACCUGCGUUGCCCGAGCGUUGUGGAGGUAGUGUUACCCAGAAGUAUUGAGCUUUAGUUGUGAAUAACUUAAAUCUUUAUUUGGUUCAAUUUAAUAAAGUUUAUAAACUAAUCUGUUGUGUUUCAGGGGGGCAAUCUUUUUCUUUUAAUCUAAGUUUUCCUUUCACUUAAAAAUUAAAAUUCUUAGUUGAGAAAACUCACAGGAUACACAAAACUAUGCAAACUGCUACAUUAGUAUUUUCCCCAUUACCUCAUCUGUAAUCACCACAUUUUGGUGAUGCUAACUGAUUGAAUCAAAUUCUGCUCUAAAUGUGUGUGAAUUGGAGGGGCUUGUGUUUUUCACUGUGAAAUACAAUGGUGCCUUGGACAGGAGGUGCCUAGAAGCCAAAUUCAAGUAAUAAUAAUGACUUCUUCUUGGCUUUGAUGCUUUAUUUUAGUAUUUGUAAUGUAACAGGAAAUACGUAUCAUUCAUUCUUAAAUAUUUUUAAAAGCGUGACUUAAAACAUUUAGAUUGAACGAGGCAGUAGGAUUCUGUGUUCAUCUGACCGUUUGUUCAUACCUGCUGUUGAAUUUCAUGAUACUCAUCAUAGUAACACUCGUGGUCAUCUGUCUUUGAAUUUUGAAAAUAAUCUCAGUGAACUUGAACUGGACUUCUGGGCAACUUAAUUGUUUACAUUUUAUACUCUUCUCUUGUUGUAUAUGAUGUGGUUAGAGUGUGCCGAAAUUUUGGUCUUAACUGUUACCAUUGGCAUUUAGCUGGGAAAGGGGAGCAAAAGGGAAUUAGACAUUGAGAAGAUAGGAGGGGAGCCCCCUUAAUUGUACAUCAUCAAUAAAGUUCAGCAUGGAGCUGCAUCCUCCUGUGCAGGUCUCAAGGAAUUCUUUUUCUCGUGACAGCACAAGAACUCUUUUUUCCACCAAUGAUUGUGUGCAGAAAUUGGGGUCUUGACUACCACACUGAAAAAAAGGUAAAAGAAUGACUAAGUUACUUUCCAUCCCAAGUCCAAUAUGACUCUGCUUUCAGACUGUUAUCCAGAUUUAGAGGAAUCAUAGCAUAAGAGAAGCACAGCUUCCAGUGAAACAGCCCUCAGGAUGUAGAGAUGAUUAGCCAACUUUCAAAAUAACAUUUAGUUGCAACAUGUAACUUCAGUUACCCAGAGUCCUAAUUCCAGUUCUCAUUCCUGGUCUUGGGCUGAUCAGGUGACAUGAGCAGACUAGAAAUUGAAUUGAAACCAAAAUGGAUUCAGGGCCCUCUAAAAUGAUCAAACUAUUCUCGGAGUAAGGUCAGUGGGACCUGUCCUGUGCUUCCUUUCAAUCCCAGACUUUUAUUGCAAGAGUCCAGAGGUUUUGGACCCUGUGAUUUUGGCGGAAAGAUCUCUACCCUAAGCAGGCAUGACUUACACCUUUGAGCUCAUUGUAGAUGCACUUAAAACCAAGAAUUUCCAUCUAACAGUUAGCAUGAAAUUAACAUUGCCCCUUCGGAGCCGCCGCUCACCUGCUCAGCUACUCUUGCAUGUGCAGCGUCCGUUCAUUCCAGUCACACACGGAACGGUGAUGGCGCAGUGGUCCGGCGGCUGAGAACGACCAGUGUGUGGUCUUUUCACUUGCAGUCUAGGCACAGGUGGAAUCUGGUUGGAAAUGUUCGCAGUUUCUCCUCCUCCGAGUACUGCCUAUCUGAAAAUGUUUUAAAUGCGCAGACCAAGAUUGACCCUGCUUUCCUUAUAUAGCCAUUUACAUUUUAUUAUACCGUUACAUGUUCAGUUAAUGCCCGAUGAAGCUUUUCUUUGAUUAGAGAAGACAGUACCUUUAUAUUCUUUCAUGAGUCUUUCCCCCUCCAAUUCUAGAUCUUGUCAGAUGAAAUCUCAGGCCAUGGGAGGCUAACACUUCUGGCGGGAGAAAAGACCUUUUUGGGUUGUGUGCCUUUGUUGUUUCUUUUUUCCUUUUUUCUAAGAGGCUGUGUUAUUCCUCCUGCUCAGCCCCUCACCCCAAGGUGCUAUUGUGCCUGUGAGCGUGUAGUUUAGUUUUUGAAGGCCUUCGAGAUGACAGUGGUGACGUGCUGUGUUGCAUUUAAUGACCUAGCACUCUCACCUUCCGGCAUAUCUGUGGGACUCUUGGCUGUGUCUCCUUUUUGAUGUUAAAAUAAAGUCUUUUCUUUCCUCUCGUUCUUAAGCAGGACUUUGCAGGUACUCCCCCCUCGAAAGUCAGAAAAUACUUUCAGAAGUAUAAACCUCCAGGGAAUCUCACUUGUAGGCCUACAUAAAAACAAAUGCCUUUUUAAAGAGAUUUGUGACUACUUAAAAAACAAUAGGAAAGGAAGCCUGCGUGUGUGAAGUGAAUCUGAAAUGUGUGUGGAAGGCCUGGAGUCCCCGAAUAGUUUAGCAGAAGCAGGGCACAGUGUCAAGUAAUUUAAACAUGGCCUAAGGACUGUAAGAAGUGAAUUGAAAAAGGACUGAUUUUUAGAUGAAAAAAGCCACUGAGACUAAACAGCAGAUGCUGACAGGACCUCCUGGGCUUAAGUUUAAAAAGGACGAAGGAUGAAUUUCUGUGCAUGGAUUCUGCAAAUCCCUUUUCCUAAGGUUUGCUAAGUCCCCAUGGAACAGAAGGGUAACAUUUAAUUGCUUAACACUCUUGGGAGACCUUCACUGGUGAUUUCUGAGGGGG